UCUCGACCGAACCGCACGUCGAAAAACGGGCUCCGCGAUCCUCGCUUGUUCAACCCGCGUUUUGUGGCUUCUCUGAGCGAGUGUACAUGUGUGUGUGUGUGAGUGUGUUUUGUGAUCCUCAUCGUUCCCUCCUCAAGUGAUCGCCGGUGAAACGAUAAAAGAGUUGGUGAUGACGUUGUGAACACGAACCGCGUUGGGGCCACUACUAUAUUUCCUAUUGUGCGUUGACAACUUUUUUGUUGUUGUUGUGGAUUGAUUUUGUAUGUUGUUUUUUUUUUGUUCGUGUGUUCCUUUAAAACCUUCCGAGUGGGCCUCGCCCUAUCCCUCUCUUUCGCUCCCUCUCUCGCUCCCCCUGUGUGUGAGGCGUAACGGCUUGAGACCGAUUACUCAUCGAUGCUUCGAGAGUAAGAUACCGGAGAUUCCCUUUUCCGGCAGCAAAAAAAGGUGAUUUAAAAGUGCAAAAGAAGGUUAAGCGAGGUGGUACGGCGAUCCUCAAACCUACACAAGCGGCGAUCGGUUGGCUUGGUUGGUUGCAUUCGGUGUGUGUGAAGUCGAUCGGGCACUAAGUGGAAGCCUGCAGCCAGCCAGAGCGCAGAGAUGGUUUAGUGAGCACCCGCACCGCAGCAUGCAAAACGGUCAACGCGGUGUUCUAUAAGGUCUUCGCCUUCCCCGUGGUUCGAGGGUGCAGCAGCAGCAGCAGCCGUACCAGCGAGCGAGCGAGUGUUAUCUGGUACCGUGCCAGGCAUCGGCAUCCAGAGUGAUCACGAUCCAGCAAGGUGGUUUAGCAGCAGCAGCGCCGUGUGCCAGCUCUAGCAGAACAGUUACUCCACGGAUUCCACUCACACGGAUGACAGCCAGCGCUACCUUUCGCACGUCAGCAGACCACCACCGACAUCGAUAAGGAUCGCGCGUUCGCAAAAGGCAAAAUGGUCGAUUACUACAAUGCGCGCCCGAGCGCCCAUCAUCCACAUCAUCAUCAUCCAUCAGCGGGUGGCGCAGGUCAAGCACCAGCGACCACCACAAUGACACUUCGGAUCGCGACUUCAAAGACACGCGCCCAGCGGGACGUUAAGUCCGCACUUCAUAAAGCCCUCACUACUGCUGCUGCUGCUGGAGGAGGUGCGGAAGGAACGCUGGCCGGCAAUGGAAACCCCGGGACCGGUAACGCACAGCCACGGAUACGGAUUGUCCGGUUGGUACGGCCCCAGAGUCACGCAGCGCUUCGAAGCGCUCCGCCGAGUGUACCGACGAGUGGUGCAAACUUUGGCUUUUCGAUCCGCGGUGGGCUCGAGUAUGGGACGGGCUUUUUCGUGUCCGCCAUCGAGCGAGACUCGGAAGCUGACCGGCAGGGAUUGAAGGUUGGCGAUCAGAUCAUACGCGUCAAUGGGUACCAAGUGGAUGAUGCCGUCCACCGGGAGCUGGCACAGUUUAUCGCAAACCAGGAGCGGCUUAUCAUGAAGGUCCGAGGGCUUGGCAUCCUGCCGAUAAAGGAACGCGCCGUCGAUCCACUAACCUGGCACGUGGUGUCCUUGCCGCGUGACACAAAGGAUACGCUACUGUUAGAGGAUCCCUGUUGUGGACGCGAUAUGAAGGUCAUCCUAUCGGUAGCACCCCGUACUAAGCUCGGUUGCGGCAUCUGCAAGGGACCGGACUGGAAACCGGGCAUUUUCGUGCAGUUCACAAAGGAAGGUGGUGUAGCGCGAGAGGCCGGUCUACGUCCAGGGGAUCAAAUUAUGUCCUGCAAUGGACACAGCUUUGCCGAAGCGUCCUUCAGUGAGGCGGUCGGUGUGAUGAAAUCUUCGCACGUCCUGGAACUGAUCGUACGGCCAAGCGCAGGACUGGAUCUGUUUCCGGGUGAAUCGAGCGGUUACAACAGCUCCGCUAGCAGCGUUAACGGUGAUCAGAGUCCAUGCUGGGGUGACCAGACGUCCAAGCGGUUAAGCAUCGUCCGGGAGGAGUCGAUCUCGCACGAACGACGCCGUACGGCGGCAGCCACAGCCGGCACUGAGUUGAAGCUGAACCCGGGCGAGAAAUCCUCGCCCUCGAUUCCGCCCCCACCACAACCUCCACAACCGUCACCGGUGCAACCGGUGAAGACGGCAAAGACCACCACGGCACCAUCGGCCACGAUCGCCGGUUCGCAGGCGCAUCAUCCACGGCGCAAGAACACGACGAUCAUCGAGUUCUCGGAACGGGGCACGAUCGUGAACCCGGAGGUGAAACAGAGUGAAACGAAAACGAUCAUUGUCGAGGUGCACCGGAGCGCAUCGACGGGCUCGAUAGGUAGCGCUGCGCCGUCGGGGUUGGCAUCGAACACGAACAUCAUUCCACCGCCGCCUCCACUGUUCGCGGACAGUGUGACUCCCUCGACGGCCGUUCAGUCCCCACCACCACCACCACCGUCACAGCAGCAGCAGCAGCAGCAGCAGCAACUGCCACUCGCCAGUCAACCGGGAAUGUCGACCACCAGCACGGAACCAGCCAACAGUCUGUGCAGCGCCAUUUCGGACGAGUUGCGCCGUCGUGCGGAGAAGAAGACAGGCGCAACGCAGGGUACGGCCGGGAUGGUCGGUAGCGUUGACCAGGCAGCGCUGGCCGGACCGGCAGCGGCCCUUAGCGAGCUGGAGAAUCGUUUGAAGGAAAAGAACUGCCGGUUGCGCCCGGUAACGAUGGCGAUUUCGGAUGAACGGCACACGGCCCUGAUGGACGAGUUCCGGGCGGUUCAUAAGCGUAUGUUCAAGAAUGGGUUCGACAAUGCGGAGCUGAAGAAGCAACCGAUCCGUGGGAUGGGGUCCAGUGAUGGGGUGGACGGUAAGCAACACGAGACCAAUGACCCAGGAGCGGCACCGAACGGUAUCCGGAAGUCACCGAAAGGGACGAUGGGACGUGUGGCGGCCUCGGAGAUGGCCAAGGCGAGCGGUGACAGUGCCGAGCUGGAAUCGAUCGAAUCGUUUAAGCUCACCAAUCCACAGGCACCACCGGCCAGACCACCUUCCUACUACUUCUGCCCCCAGGCGACGGGACCGGCGACGAUGAAAAAGUCACAAAAACCAAUCGCCGUAACGAUCAGCGAAUAUGCGGCGGCCAAUGGCGGUGUUACGACGAAACGACCAAGCGACGAUCCACGGACAACGUCGGCACAGCGUCUCGUACAGCUACGACCGAUGGGUGAGGGUUCCUUCAGUGGUGGUGGUAACAAACUGUUACCUUCUGGUAACUCCCAGCCACCGGAAACAGUGCGAGGUUCAAUGGCUUGAAUGGAUAUCGUUCCUGAUAUCGAAUCGAUUGGACCAAAAAAGAAGGUGAAACGGACCCGAUGGAAAACAUAGAAAUAGAUAUUAAGCAUCAC